UCGACCUCGCAAAGGUGGCAGAGCGCAGUCGACUUUGGGCGAGUGAGGUUGUGUGCCUGUGUGCGUGUGGCGAAGCCCAUUUGCGUAUCACCAUUUGAAACAAUAGUGGUUCAGCAGCGAGGGAAACAUGUCUUCCCUAUUGCGUGCUCUCUUCAAUGGCACAAGCAAGCAUAAGAAGCUCUCGGAGGAGUGGCCCAGCACCCGCGAGCCGGUGCUGGAGGGCGUGACGUUCUACUGCAAGUACCUGGGCUCGACGGUGGUGGACGAGCCGAAGGGCGAGGCGGCCACGGCGGAGGCCAUCAAGCGCAUCAUCCACGCGGCCAAGCAGAAGGGACGCAAGCCCGAGCGCGUGAGCGUCCACGUGUCCCUGCAGGGGAUCCGCAUGUCCGACACGGCCUCCAGCGACACGCUGCUCGAGACCUCCAUUUAUAAGAUCUCUUACUGUUCGGCGGACGCCCACUACGACCACGUCUUCGCCUUCAUCGCCACCAGCGACAAUGAGAUCUGCGAGUGCCACGCUUUCCUGUGCCCCAAGAGGAAGAUGGCUCAGGCUGUAACAAUCUCGAUUGCCCAGGCCUUCAAUUUGGCCUACGAGUAUUGGAAGAUGGCGGUGGAGAGCAAGAACGGGGAAAUCUAUGCCAACGAGGAGCUCCCUGCGGAGGUUAAGGUGGCGCCCGGCGGGGGGAGCCUCGCGCCCGGCCCCGCGCAGCGCCAGCCGUCCAGCCAGGCGUCGUCGCCCAUACCCAUUCGCGCGGAGUUCGGCUCCUCCGACACCAGCUCGUCAGGUUACCAGUCCAGCACACAAGCACUUUUAAUUGAUUUGGAUGACUCGUCCGAUAUAACCACAGAAACCAAAAAUAAAGCAGGUUUAAGCAAGAACAUCAUCAGUAAACCUUGGGAUGCCUUUGAAGACUUCAAUGAGUUUAAUGAGGGAUUCUCAAGACUUGCAUUGAGACACGCACAAAAAUCUCCUCUCCCCUGGACAUCCCCAACGGGAUGGGCAGGCAUCGACGAUCUUGCAGCAUUCACGGAUCGCCCUCCAGCUUCUCCGACCGAGAAUGGCUUCUGGCCGUUAGCUAGUUCUCCCCCAACCAGUCCUCUGCCUGCCAACUCGUCCUCAGGCCCAUGGUCAAUGGGACAGUCUCCACCAGAUACCUGGGAGAACUUCUCCAGCUCUCCCAACACUGCCUUCCUUCAUUCUUGUCAGUCUCCUCCCUCACAUCACAUGUUCUCACGCUUCCCAGAAUCAUUUGCUACUGAUGAAAAUGAUGACAGCAGCAGCAGUAAGCAGCCGAACUCUGUGUUCAAGCGAGAACCAACUGCCAGUCAAGAUGUGGAUAAUUCUUUUAAUCCCAGAGAGUCUCUGAGUGACCCUUUUUCCCCCCUCACCCAGGAAACGGAAGCGUUGGGGGUGGGUCAUAGCUCUCCCUCAACCCACAGUGGCUGUGGCACCAGCCACCCAGCCUGGAAUGGAGAUCUUUUUGACGGGAGGAAAAACAGCAAAGUUGUGUGCUCUUGAAGCAUUUCUGGAGCUGUCAUUCGGAACUUCCAAUUUGUAGUUUUUCAUUUUCUAAUGUGUUUUGGUCUUUAUUUUUUACUUGAGUCAGCAGCUGGGAUAGAACAGUGUCUCCACAUUUUAUAAUGCAUAGAUGGUAUAACUCCCUUGGGAGAGCAGCUGUGUGCACGUGUGUGAACUUUGUUAAUAUACAUUUAGAUUUUGCACAUUUUCUAUAUGUUUACAUUUUCUAUAUGUAAAUAUGUUUGUGAUACAUGUUUAUAUCUCCAAAUGAAUUCUAGUAUAUAUAUAAUACAGUUUUAGCCUGAAGUAUGAUGAUAGUUUAAUGUUAUUUGCAUCUGUAGGAUACCUGCAUUGCUACCUGUUUUGCUUAGACUGAAAUGGACUUUAUACUGUAAGGCAGUAAAUGCCAGAAACACUCGUUAAUGCCUGAUUCAUCUAAGCUUCUUUGCAGAAGUAAAUGUCAGGCUUGAUAAUUUUUAGUAAUGCAGGUAGAACUGUAACUUUACACACAGAUAAUUACAUGGGACAUUUACAUAGUUCAUGUUCCGCAGGGUUGAGUAACACAGCUGAAGAUUUCUGUAUCAUAGUUAUUUAAAGAAGUAUAUUAUUAAUAAUAAGCCAAGUAAAAGAUAAUUGUUCUCAGUGUUGGUGCAUGGAGUUUGCUGGAGGCUAGUUUUAGUUGAUGGGUUGGUAGGACGUCAAAAAUCGCAUGUAUAUGGUAUUUAACUUUUCAUCUUCAUCAGCAUUAUUUCAUGUUUUCACGAUACACUGCAGCAGAGGGCGGGAGGGUAAAGAGAUUGCUGUAGUGUGCGCAGUUCAUUGAAAAGUCCUUGCCUUUCUGUUUAUAGGAAAGACGGAAUUAUAUAUUACUAUUGUUAUUAUUAUUAUUAUUUUAUUUUAUUAUUUUUUUUACAUAGAGGGGAAUGGGUAUUCAUACUGUGCUUAAUUGGAAAUAAUGGAUUACCUUUUAUUUUUCAUUACUUUUAAUUUUUUUUUAAAAUCUUUUUUCCCCAGUUCAAGUGAGGAAUUUUGGGAUGAAAGUACAGGUUAAUUAGGAUCAGGAGUCUCGUAGUCUACUAAUUGUAGAGACGCACUUCCUACAAGAUUUAUUUCUACCCUUGUGGUAAUGUAGGUGUAUCAUUUAAAGAUUUGACGUUGUUCUUUUCUUUUAUCAAGUAGGGCAAUGGCCAUUUUCUCCUUUUUAAGAUGUCGAAACAGAGGGUUGAAAUCUCAUUUUUUCACCCAGUAUGAACGCUGAGGUUAAUAAACAUAUUACAUUAUA